AUGGAGGAUAUUAAGAAGAUUAAACCAUACGUUAAAAGUUUUUCAAAUGCAUUGGAUGAGCUGAAGCCAGAAAUUGAAAAACUAACAUCGAAAUCGCUGGACGAACAGCUUCUGUUACUGUCUGAUGAGAGAGCUAAGCUAGAGCUGAUCAACCGUUAUGCGUAUGUCUUGAGUUCUUUAAUUUUUGCUAACAUGAAGGUCUUGGGCGUCAGAGAUAUGUCUCCCAUACUCAACGAGCUCAAAAGAGUAAAAUCAUACAUGGAUAAAGCUAAACAAUACGAUAAUAAGAUAUCCAAAUUUAACGAAAAAUCGCAGGCAAAGCAAGAGAAUGCUAGGAGUAUCAUUUUUAAUGUCUUGGAUGGUAACAGAAACAGGUUCGAACCUUCCAUCAGCAAGAGUAAUUUCCAAGGGAAGCAUACCAAAUUCGAAAAUGAUGAGCCGGCAGGAAGUACAACGACUAGAAUCAUUAGCAAUAUUGAAGAGGCAAGGAAGCCCAGUAGUAAGAAAAGUAAAAAAUCAGCCAAAGUAGGCAAAAAUGAAAAGGGGAAAAUAGGUAGAGGUUGA